GGUAAACGAAAGUAAGAAAGCAGCCACCGGCUCCAGACUUGAUCGUGAUUAGUUUUUGGAAGUCGCUGGGAAAAAGCUUACAGAAUAAUUCUACAUUCGUUGAGUUUCUGCACGAUGGAGAGUAAAGUUGAUCUGAAUGUUUUAUGUGAAGAACUACAACCACAAAAGGAUGUGCCCCCUGGAAAGAACGGGGAGACCUAUUCUCGUCAAGAUUCAGAAGAAAGAAAUCGACACGCCAUGGUUGUUCUUUUUUCACUAAACGAAGAAGUGGGAGCUCUAGCUGAAGCCCUCAAAAUAUUCAAGGAAUAUAAGAUAAAUUUGCACCACAUCGAGUCACGGUCAUCCAAACGGUUAGACAAUGACUACGAAUUUAUGGUUGAAUGCGACACACGAUCAGGGAACAUCAACGAAGCCAUAGAAGAACUACGUACCAAAUCGCAAUAUAUGACGGUAAUUUCAAGGGAUCACAAAGAAAUUGAAACUGCCGCUGUUCCCUGGUUCCCUCGCAAAGUCAAGGAACUGGAUAUGUUCGCGAACCACAUUCUUACUUAUGGAUCAGAGCUAGAUGCUGACCAUCCGGGAUUCACCGAUCCUACUUACAGAGCUAGGAGGAAAUAUUUUGCAGACAUUGCGUUCCACUACAGACAUGGUCAAAUCAUACCGAGAGUCAAAUACACAGAUGAAGAAACGAAAACAUGGGGCACAGUCUUCAAAGAGCUCACAAAAUUAUAUCCCACACAUGCCUGCAGAGAACACAAUCACAUAUUUCCUCUAAUGAUUGAAAACUGUGGAUACAGAGAAGACAACAUACCACAGCUGGAAGAUGUUUCCAACUUCUUGAAAGAUUGCACUGGCUUUACACUACGCCCGGUUGCUGGUCUUUUAAGCUCUAGAGAUUUUCUAGCGGGUUUGGCAUUUAGAGUAUUUCAUUCAACACAGUACAUAAGGCAUCCAUCAAAACCUUUCUACACACCAGAACCAGAUGUGUGUCACGAACUUCUGGGCCAUGCUCCACUGUUUGCAGACCCAGAUUUUGCAAGAUUUUCUCAAGAGAUCGGCCUUGCGUCUCUUGGCGCUCCAGACUGCUACAUCGAGAAGCUGGCCACUUGUUAUUGGUUUACCGUUGAAUUUGGACUUUGUAAGCAGAAUGGCAAAGUAAAGGCUUAUGGAGCAGGACUACUUUCAUCUUAUGGUGAACUGGAAUACAGUUUAAGUGGAAAACCAGAAAUUAGGGAUUUUGAUCCUCCCAAGACGGGUGUACAAAAGUACCCCAUCACAGAGUACCAGCCAAUUUACUACUUAGCUGAAAGUUUUGAUGACGCCCAACGAAAAGUCAGGGAAUUUGCUCUCUCCAUACCACGCCCAUUCACAGUACGUUACAACGCAUACACUCAGAGCAUCGAAAUUCUUGACGCUAAGCCUCAAGUUGCUUCGCUCGCAAGAGAUUUACAAGCUGAAAUGGAAUUGCUGCUUGAUGCACUGAGGAAAAUUUGAAGAAUUCUGCGUCUGAUCAUAGGUUUGAGGAAUCAACAUUAUUUUUGAACUGAAUAAAUGCUUGUAAGAUGAACAAAUACCAUGUACAACUUAUAGAAAUUAUUAGUUUAUAAAAAAAAAAAUUAAAAAUAUCACAGCUGGUGGAGCGUAAUUUAUAAAUCAUCACAGAUAAAGUUUUUGUUGGUCUUUCGAAAACCAAAUCUUUUUAUUGUUAACAAUUUAUAUUGUUAAAGAAUUACAUUGUGAACAAUAAGCUCUGUGAUGUUCAUACGUAGAAAACUAGUUUAUAAGUGACGUUCAAUUUGAUCAUAACUCUUAUAAAUUUUAAAGCCUGUUAUUAGAACUUGAAUGCUUUCCAUUAGCAAGUCAUGACUUGCUGCAAAGUCUAAUACCUAUGUACAUCAUAACAGCCGAUUAGAAUAGCAGUAAUAAAUUGUAAACGAAAAACUAAAGAUGUUAACUUGAUCAAGUAAUUAUUUAAUUAAUAAAUCGAAAAAAAAACUUGAUUCGUUCAUACUAAAAUAUAAUUACCGAUUAAAUAUAAUAAAGGCAAUCAUUCUUAUGAAGUACACUUCAAUAAAACGAAUUCUUAGCAAAAUAUUUUCUUAUCGUUUCAGCUAUUACAUGCCAUCAAUUUUCAUUGUAUCAUUAACUUUACAUCCUUUAUAAAUUUCCUCAUUUUUGCUCAUGGAAAACGUGGAUUAUUUAUUACCUAUAUAUUUAUUUCAAUGAUUUCAUACAUUCUGAGCUACUUGCAGGGCGAAAUAAACAGGUUAUCAAUUUGAGUCAUGCUACAGCAAAAUCCCAUAAGAGAGAAUACCAAUAACAACGAAAUAACUACUGUUCAAGCGAAAUUAAUUUUCGAUCCCGUUUCACUGGCCACUGCAUUUCUCAAAUUCCAUUAUAACGAAAUUUCCGUUACAAUGACCAAAUUGUGUUGCCCCCUUGAAUUUCGCUGUAACGAGAUUCAACUGAAUCGAUUAUUUCAGAAAGGGCAUAAGUAAAAUGGAUUCCCGUAAGACUUACGCCCUUUCUGAAAUAAUCGAUUCAGCCGCAUGUAAUUACCACAUUACAGUAUAUACUCGCGGAUAAGUCGCCCACCCCCUCCCUAUUUUUAACAGAGAAAUCAGGAAAAAAUCGUAAGUCGAGUCCCUACCUAUGGGAAAAACGGGAAGGUUUUGCCACUAAUUUUGAAUUUAACGUUAUAAAAGGAGGAAAUGAAAUAUAAUGAACAUUUUUAUGUUAAAAAACAUCUGAUUUUUAAUCUUUUGCACCAAAAGGGUUCACUUUUGCGAUCGCAAUUUUUGUAAAGAGUUUAACUUCGCUUUUACGAUUUUAUUUUACUGGUUUCUCUUAUUUCGAUUUUAUAACAAUAAAAAUUUAUGCUGU